AUGUCUUUCCAGAAGCCCGAGAAGGAUUUCGGCGAGGGCCCCAAGGUCCACAAGAUCCGUAUCACCCUCACCUCCCGCAAGGUCGCUGCCCUUGAGAAGGUGUGCUCGGAGCUCAUCGACCGUGCCCGCUCCAAGGCUCUGCAGGUCAAGGGUCCCGUCCGUCUGCCCACCAAGACCCUGCACAUCUCCACCCGUAAGACCCCCAACGGUGAGGGUUCCAAGACCUGGGACAAGUACGAGAUGCGCAUCCACAAGCGUCUCAUAGACCUGCUCGCUCCCACCGAGACCGUCAAGCAGAUCAUCAUCAACAUCGAGGCCGGUGUUGAGGUUGAGGUCACCAUUGCCGCUUAA